AUGGAGAAGCAGCAGAUCAGUGGCAGCAGGGGAGCGACGCUCGUGCUGUCGGACGGGACGCGCUACCGGGGCGUGAGCUUCGGCGCCGAGCGGAGCGUGGGCGGCGAGUGCGUCUUCCAGACGGGCAUGGUGGGCUACGUGGAAUCGCUCACGGAUCCAUCGUACCGCGGCCAGCUGCUCGUCUUGUCCUACCCGCUCAUCGGCAACUACGGUGCCCCUCCGGAGGAUGAUGUGGACGAGCAUGGGCUGUCUCGCUUCAUGGAGUCGGACCAGGUGCACAUCUCUGCCCUCAUCGUGGCCGACUACUCCGCCCACUACAGCCACUGGAAUGCGCAGCAGUCGCUGGGCGAUUGGCUGAAGGCGCACAAGGUGCCGGCCAUCCACUCGAUUGACACCCGAGCGCUGAUCAAGAAGAUUCGUGAGACGGGCUCCAUGCUGGCCAAGAUCGUGCUGGACGGCGACGACGAGCAGGCCGUCGAACUCGAGGACCCCAACCAGAGGCACCUCGUCGCCGAGGUCUCGCGCAAGCAGCCGCAGACCUACGGCAGCGGAAGCAUCAACGUGGUGGCCGUGGAUUGCGGCAUGAAGAAUAACCAGGUGCGAUGCUUCCUCAAGCGCGGCGUCAAGGUCAAGGUCGUGCCGUGGGACUGGCCCCUGCUCGAGGAGAAGGACGCCCACGGCUUCUUCCUCUCCAACGGUCCUGGCGAUCCCACCUUCUGCCAGAAGACCAUCGAGAACGUGAGGGCACUCCUGGCGCGCGAGUCGGCGAAGGAGGACCCCAUCCCGGUGUUUGGCAUCUGCCUGGGCAACCAGAUCAUGGGCCUCGCCGCCGGUGCCAAGACCUACAAGCUCAAGUUCGGCAACCGUGGCCACAACCAGCCGUGCGUGGACGUCAACACCCAGCGGUGCCACCUGACCUCGCAGAACCACGGAUUCGCGAUCGACUCGGCCACGCUGCCCGAGGGCUGGCAGGAGCUGUUCUACAACGCCAACGACAAGACCAACGAGGGCAUCCAGCACCUCACCCGGCCCUUCUUCAGCUGCCAGUUCCACCCCGAGGCCAAGGGUGGGCCGUGGGACACCGAGUACCUGUUCGACUACUUCCUCGCCAAGAUCACCAAGCAGAAGGUCGACCUCCCCAUGGCCCGCGCCUCGCCGCCCAAAAACGAGAACGUGCUCAAGGGCAAGCUCCACAAGGUCCUCAUCCUCGGCUCCGGCGGUCUCUCCAUCGGUCAAGCCGGUGAGUUCGACUACAGUGGGUCGCAGGCCAUCAAGGCCCUGAAGCAGGAGCACAUUCAGACCAUCCUCAUCAACCCCAACAUCGCCACCGUCCAGACUAGCCCCGGCCUGGCCGACAAGGUCUAUUUCCUGCCGGUGACUCCCGAGUUCGUGGUCAAGCUGAUCGAAUGGGAGCGGCCCGACGGCAUCCUCCUCACCUUCGGCGGUCAGACUGCGCUCAACUGCGGUAUCGAACUCUACAAGCAGGGCGUGUUUGAGAAGUACAACGUGAGGGUGAUGGGUACCCCGCUUGAGGCCAUCAUCGCCACGGAGGACAGGGAGGUGUUCGCCCAGGAGCUGGUCAAGAUCAACGAAAAGAUCGCGCCCUCCGUUGCCGCGCGUUCGCUCGACGAGGCCCUGAAGGCCGCCGAAAAGAUCGGUUACCCCGUGGUGGUGCGGGCCGGCUUUGCGCUCGGCGGCUUGGGCUCGGGCUUCGCGAACGACGUCGACGAAUUGCGGAAGCUGGCCACGAUGGCCUUCGCGCAGUCGGAGCAGGUCCUGGUCGAGAAGUCCCUCAAGGGCUGGAAGGAGAUCGAAUAUGAGGUCGUGCGGGAUGCGUACGACAACUGCGUGACGGUGUGCAACAUGGAGAACUUCGAUCCGCUGGGUAUCCACACGGGCGAGUCCAUUGUGGUUGCGCCCUCGCAGACCCUGUCCGACCAGGACUACUUCAUGCUGCGCGACGUGGCCAUCCGCGUGGUGCGCCACCUGGGCAUCGUGGGCGAGUGCAACAUCCAAUACGCGCUCAACCCCGACUCGGAGGAGUACUUCAUCAUCGAGGUAAACGCGCACCAGCCCCUAAUGCGUCCUCGCGACAAGCUUCUCAACGUGAACGCGCGUCUGUCGCGCAGCAGUGCGUUGGCCAGCAAGGCCACCGGCUACCCGCUGGCCUUCAUCGCCGCCAAGCUGGCCCUGGGCGUGCCGCUGCCCUCGCUCCGCAACUCGGUCACCAAGACCACCACCGCCUGCUGGGAGCCCUCGCUCGACUACGUCGUCGUCAAGAUGCCCCGCUGGGACCUUCAGAAGUUCCAAAAGGUGGACGGCCAGAUUGGCACAUCGAUGAAGUCUGUGGGCGAGGUGAUGGCGAUCGGCCGUACGUUCGAGGAGACGAUCCAGAAGGCCAUUCGCAUGGUCAACGGCUCGCAGUGGGACGGCUUCCAGAGCGGCCUCGCGCCCGCGUGCACCGACGCCCUCACCAACCCCUCCUCCAACCGCAUCCUCGUCAUCGCACAGGCGCUCCACGAAGGUCUGAGCGUGGAGGAGAUUCAUCAGCUGACGAAGAUCGACCGCUGGUUCCUGCACAAGCUGAAGAGCCUCUCCGACUUCGAGAAGACCCUCCGCCGACUCGACGGCGGGCUCACCUACGACCUGCUCGCCCAGGCCAAGCGUCUGGGCUUCGCCGACAAGCAAAUCGCCAAGUUCCUCAACUCCACCGAACUCGUCGUCCGCAAGACGCGCAAGGAAUUCAACAUUGUGCCCAGGAUCAAGCAGAUCGAUACGGUGGCUGCCGAAUUCCCGGCCUAUAACAACUACCUCUACGCCACCUACAACGGUAUCGAGGACGACGUUGAGACCCCCGGCAGCGCCGGCGCGGCUGCGGCUGCGGCCGUCGCCCCGGCGGUGGCCCCCACGGGCAAGGCCGACGAGGCCGAGCGGCCCAUCAUUGUGCUCGGCAGCGGUGCCUACUGCAUCGGCAGUUCGGUCGAGUUCGACUACUGCGCUGUGCGGUGCGCGCAGACGCUCAAGAAGCUGGGUAAAACGACGAUCAUGAUCAACUACAACCCGGAGACGGUGUCGACCGACUACGACGAGUGUGACAAGCUCUACUUCGAGGAGCUCUCGUUCGAGCGCGUUGUCGACAUCUAUGAGAGCGAGCUGGCCGCCGGCGUCGUCGUCUCCAUGGGCGGACAAAUUCCGAACAACAUGUCGAUGGCCCUUGGGCGCCAGGGCGUGCGCAUUCUGGGCACGACCCCGGAAAUGAUCGAGAGCUCGGAGAACCGGUUCAAGUUCUCGCGCAUGCUCGACCUCGAGGGCGUCGACCAGCCCAAGUGGAAGGACUGCACCCACCUCGAGGAGACCAAGCGCUUCUGCGCCGAGGUGGGCUACCCGUGCCUGGUCCGGCCGUCGUUCGUGCUCAGCGGCGCCGGCAUGACCGUCGUCAACACGCCCACCGAGCUCGAGACCUAUCUGAGCCUCGCCAGCGUCAUCGACACUGGCAAGGAGCAGCGCGUCGUCAUCUCAAAGUUCAUCAUGAACGCGAAGGAGGUGGACCUGGACGCGGUGGCGCAGGACGGCGAGAUCAUCGCGCUCGCCAUCUCGGAGCACGUCGAGAACGCCGGCGUGCACUCGGGCGACGCGACGCUCAUCCUUCCCGCGCAGGACCUCGACCAGGUGACCGUUCGCAAGAUCGAGGCCGCCGCGCGCAAGAUCGCCAAGCAGCUGCAGGUGUCGGGUCCCUUCAACAUGCAGUUCAUCGCCAAGGACAACGAGAUCAAGGUCAUCGAGUGCAACCUGCGCGCGUCCAGGUCGUUCCCGUUCGUGUCCAAGACGCUGGGCAUCGACUUCAUCGAGCUCGCGACGAAGGCCCUGCUCGGCCUCCCGCUCACCCCGCAGCCCCUGCCCAAGGUCAACCACGUGGGCGUCAAGGUCCCUCAGUUCUCGUUCUCGCGGUUGCCGGGCGCCGAUCCCGUGAUGGGCGUCGAGAUGGCCUCCACCGGUGAGGUCGCCUGCUUCGGCAACAACAAAUACGAGGCCUACAUGAAGGCGCUGCUGUCGACGGGCUUCAAGCUGCCCAAGAAGAGGAACAUCUUCCUCUCGCUGGGUCCCUACAAGGAGAAGCUCGAGUUCCUCGACAGCGCCCAGAAGCUCGUCAACAUGGGCUACAACCUGUUCGGCACCGGGGGUACGGCCGAUUUCCUGAGCGAGCACAGCAUCCCGAUCAAGGCGCUGAGCUGGGACCAGGAGGCCGAGGAGAGCAACCUCGAGACGCUCUCGGCGCACCUGUCGGCGGCGAUGAUCGACCUGUGCAUCAUCCUGCCCUCCAACAACCGCAACCGCCGCCCGGCCUCGUUCAUGAGCAAGGGCUACAUGGCCCGCCGACUCGCCAUCAACUACUCCGUCCCAUUGAUCACCAACAUCAAGUGCGCGAAGCUCUUCAUCGAGUGCCUGCGUGUGGUGCCGGCCGAUAUCCCUAUCGGGCUCGUGGACAGCCGCGCCUCGAGCCGUACGGUGAUCCUGCCGGGCCUGAUCGAUGUCCACGUGCACGUGCGCGAGCCUGGCGCGUCGCACAAGGAGGACUGGGACACCUGCACCGCCGCCGCACUCGCCGGUGGUAUCACCACGAUCUGCGCGAUGCCCAACACGAACCCGGAGGUGAUCGACGCAGCCUCGAUGGAUCUGGUGACGGGCAUCGCCAAGAGCAAGGCCCGCUGUGACUACGGAAUCUACUUUGGCGCCUCGUCCGACAACGCCCACGUCGGACCGCAGUUCGCCAACCAAGCCGUCGCGCUCAAGAUGUACCUCAACCAGACCUUCACCCGUCUGCGCUUGGACGACAUGAGCACGUGGAUGGAGCACUUCACCCAUUGGCCCAAGGACCUGCCCAUCGUCGUCCACGCUGAAGCGACGACCAUGGCGGCGGCCUUGAUGGUGGCGACGCUGCACGACCGCGCGCUGCACAUCGCCCACGUGUGCCUGAAGGAGGAGCUGGCGGUCAUCCGCGCGGCCAAGGAGAAGGGCAUCCGCGUGACGUGCGAGGUGUGCCCGCACCACCUCUACCUCGACAAGGAGCACGCCUGCGAGGCCCACCACCUCACCGACGGCCGCCGCGAGGUGCGCCCGCGCCUGGCGACCCAGGUCGACGUCGAGGCCCUGUGGGCCAACAUGGACAUCAUCGACUGCAUCGCCACCGACCACGCCCCGCACACCCUGGCCGAGAAGGACGGACCCAACCCGCCGCCCGGCUUCCCCGGCCUUGAGACCGCCCUGCCCCUCAUGCUCACCGCCGUCAACCAGGGACGUAUCACGUUGGAAGAUGUGAUCGCCAAGAUGUACACCAACCCCAAGCGCAUCUUCAACCUGCCCGAUCAGGAGGACACGUACGUGGUGGUGAACAUGGACGACAAGUGGACCGUGCCCAAGGCCAUGGCCCACUCUAAGUGCGGCUGGACCCCGUUCGCCGGCAUGGAGCUGCAGGGCCGCGUCGUGCGCGUCGUGCUGCGCGGCAAGACCGCCAUGCUCGACGGCACCGUCUACUCGCUCCCCGGCGAGGGACGCAACGUAUGCGCCGCGGGCGCCGCCCGGCCUCGCCCGGCCGCCGUCUCUGCUGGGCUCUCGGCUACCGCCGCUCCCGUCGUCUCGACCAAGCCCGCCGUCGCCACGCCGUCGCCCGUCGCCCAGCGGCCCCAGAUCGCGAUCACGCCGCCGGCCAUGCGACGCGUGCCGUCGGCUGCCCAACCGGCCCUGGCCGGCGCCGCCGAGCUGCAGCCGCUGGCGCAGGCCCAGCAGCAGCAACCGAAGGCGCUUGCCGAGAGGCGCAACUCGGCGCUGUCGCAGGAGAUCUUCACCCACAGCGGCGCCCUGCCUCCGCGCUUCACCGCCAAGCACGUGACGUCGGUCAAGCAGUUCACUCGCGACGACCUCCGUUACCUCUUCUCCGUCGCCCACGACAUGCGGAUGAUGGUGAAGAAGACAGGAUCGUGGGACCUGCUCAAGGGCAAGGUGCUGGCCAACGUGUUCUACGAGCCGUCGACCCGCACCUCGUCGUCGUUCCAUGCGGCCAUGCUGCGUCUGGGCGGCACGGUGAUCUCGGUCAACGAGAGCUCGUCGUCGGUGGCCAAGGGCGAGUCCCUGCCCGACACUAUCCGCACCCUCGAGUGCUACUCGGACCUCAUCGUGCUCCGCCACCCGCAGGCCGGCGCCGCCCAACUCGCCGCCUCCCACGCGCGCGUGCCCAUCAUCAACGCCGGCGAUGGCAUCGGCGAACACCCCACCCAGGCUCUGCUCGAUGCGUUCACGAUUCGUGAGGAGCUGGGCACGAUCAACGGGCUGCGCAUCACGAUGGUGGGCGACCUCAAGAACGGCCGCACCGUGCACUCGCUCGUGCACCUCCUCUCGCUCUACAGCAUCGCCCAGCUCAACUACGUCUCGCCCGAGUCCCUCAAGAUGCCCUCCGCCAUCCUCGACGAGCUCGACAAGAAGGGCAUUCCGCAGAGGGAGUGCAGGUCGCUGGAGGAGGCGCUGCCCCACACCGACGUGCUCUACGUGACGCGCAUCCAAAAGGAGCGAUUCGCCAGCGAGGAGGAGUACCUCGCCGUCAAGGGCACGUACGUGGUCACACCCGAGAUGCUGUCGCACGCCAAGAGCAACAUGGUCGUCAUGCACCCCCUCCCGCGCGUCGACGAAAUCAGCCCCGAGAUCGACAGCGAUCCCCGCGCGGCGUACUUCCGACAGAUGGAGAACGGGAUGUACAUUCGCAUGGCCCUCCUUGCCACCAUCCUCAACUCCAACUUCUCUUCCUAA